ACCAAACAAGGAGCACGAUGGCUAUCAUGAACUUCCGGUUUGGAUUUUUCACCCAGACAGCGAACAUUCUUGAACUCAUUUUUAGGGGGUUUUGAGACUAUUCAAGAGGAAAAACUUAUGUAUUUCGAUUGAUGAAAAAUUCAAGGUCUUGAUUAAGGGAUUUGUGAGGAUUGACCUAUGUCUAGCAGUGAGGAGAGUGAGGAUGAUAACUGGGGGUUACCAGCCCCCUCCUCGGGGCCCAGGAUGGAGAGGUGCCUUCUGGGAAAGACGGAACUCCUCCUUCCAGAGUCCAUGUUAGAACAGGGCCACAUUUUUCGAGAUGUCUUGAGUAUGGAUACCUGGAAGAAUGUUUUGUCAGAGGAACAAAGGACACACUUAAAAACUCUUUUACCAACAUUUCCAUCAAACGAUGAGGUGGAAAAGGAGGAAUCCCUCAAAAAAUUAUUUGGAAAUGAAAACUUCAAGUUCGGAAAUCCUCUUUCUCAACUUCAGACAAAAAUGAGAGAUGGGUUUUGUUCGCCAGACAUUGCAAAGUAUUCAAGCUUAUGUCGUAACAUUAAAUAUCGGGAGUAUAAACACAGACAGCAAAGAUACUAUUCUACAUUGUUGAAGGACAUUUUGCUUUCAAGACAGAAGGCGUACGAUGAAAUUCAGAAAGUACCACCUGGUGGACAACUGGAAUUUACCCACAAUCCUCCUGCUAAUCCAAAACGUAGUUCUGUGGAGCACAGAUCCAAGAAGAAAUAUGUCAGGUUGAUGAGGGAGGCCAGACAGGAGUGUGGAAUGGAGGACACCUCAUCUGAAGAAGAGGACACCUCAGUGUCCAACCAGAAGACAAGGAAGCAGCUGUUUAAGUCAGUGCACCCCCUCCCCUCCCCAGAGCCCACUCUACCCAGUGUGGUCCACACCUUCUCACCUAAACCUGUGGUAGUCAAUGGAGACAUCACAGGCUUUGGAGAGGGACAGCAGAAGAGGCAGCGUCCUUUCAGUCCAGUAGAGGUGACUGAGGAGGAUUAUAAAAAUCUGCUGAGGAAUUACAAGAGGAAGAAACUGGCUUCAGAGGAGGAUCACCCGGAACUAAACACAGAUUCCAUUACACUUCAAGAUAUCAUGUCACGGUGCCAGGCCACCAGUAGAAGCAGCCCAAAAGAGAUAGUGUCCACCGAUUCCAAUUUAUCUGUAAAUAAGAAGAAGAAAGUAAAACUAAAGGACAAAAGUGAGAAGAAACUGAAGAAGGUUCUGAAGAUUAAGAAGGAGGGUCUGGAGUUUUCCUCACAGCCCCUGGUGUACAGUGACGAGGAAUCCCUGUCCCCCAUAAAUCUGGACAUCAAAGAGGAGCCCCUCCCUGACAUAUUCCAACAAGAUAAUGCUUUACCAAAGAUUCCUGCCUCGUAUGGUUUAUACACAAACUUCUUCAGUUUACUUCGUGAUAUGGUGACAGACUUUGAAGACGGGAAAGCCACCACAGCCAAGCUUGAGGAGAAAGUCCGGGAAUGGCAGGAGUCCGGUUCAGCGCCUAAGAAUGUCUGGUUUUCUUUGAUCCCUAGCUGGGUGGACUGUGUUCUUCAGUCACUCAAGUUUCUUGCUGGCGAUCUCAUAGAUGUGUCUCCCCCCAACUUUGUGCCAUACGUAGACUAUAAGGAGCGUGCUCAGCAAUGGCGGUGGAUUGGGGCUGGACGUGACUCGGAUGACAAUAUGGCUGCCUUAUUUAAACACUUUAUCACGAAUCGUAAAGAAGGAACUCGUGACAUGUACGAUGGAGGACCAGGAUCAACCCCACCCCCGCGGAGUAAAACUGGUUAUGUUGUGAAGGCCACAACAGAUGAAGAAAAGGCCCAGUUCAGAGAACAGGAGGCGCGCCGGUUUUUGAACCCCCACAAGGCGUUUAUGUACAGGAUGCAUGACUAUGAGUCUGUGGUGGGGCCCGUUAAGGGGGUGUACACAAAGGAUAACUCCAACAACAAGGCUAGGGAACACGCAUUACUUGUCUCCAACAGACCGUCAUUUGUCACCAUUCUUACACUGGUGAGAGACUCGGCAGCCAGACUUCCUAAUGGUGAAGGGACUCGCGGGGACAUAUGUGAGCUUCUCAAAGACUCACAAUUUCUAGCUCCAGGGGUUUCAGAUGCACAGAUAAACGUGGUAGUCAGUGGUGCUCUGGAUAGAUUACACUCGGAGAAAGAUCCCUGUGUGAAGUACGACGUCAACCGCAAACUGUGGAUUUAUCUUCACCGAAGCCGCUCCGAGGAAGAAUUUGAGAAAAUACAUCAAGCCCAUGGAGCUGCACAGAAAGCCAAAAAGUCCUUACAGAAACCAAAGACACAAAAAUCAGGCAAAGUGAAGGAUGCGUCUGUGAGCUUAUCUACCUCAGUAUCCAGUCCAAGUCUAAAAUCGGCUCUCAGCUCCGACACACUCAACCUGGAAGACAGUGUGUCACUCAAUCCAGCCAGUCCGAGCAUCACUCAGAGUCCAAGAUCUAGUAGCAGCCCAUUAGUGGGACAGGUUAGUCCUAGAGGCCUGUCCAGUAACAGUCCUAGAUCUACAGCUAACCAGGCCACUAUAGCGGCCCUGAAGAAUGCAGUCAGUGCGGGCACUGUCCCUGGCUCCCAGGGUAACCUCCCCCACUCUCAACCGGCGGCCACCAUACGUCUCCAUCUACAGCAACAACAACAACAGCUUCAGCAGAAAGCAGCCUCGGGGACGCCCAACAAACCCACAGGUAAACCUGAGUCUUCCUCUGUGACACUGGGAUCCCCCCGUGGAGAGGCCCCUCAUGGACUCCCCCAGUCCGUGCCUCUCGGACUUCUACAGAGUCUGAGAGCCGCUAGUCCCAACAUCACCCAGAACAUCACUAGUGCUCUACGCCAGGAAUUACUGGCACAGCGUAAAAAUUCCGGCAGCCCAGCUCCUCCCACUACAGUCAGUGCUACAGGGGUCAACAAGGUUGUCGAGAAAGUGGGCGUGGCAGCCCCUCCCUCCAGUACGGUGACCACCACUCCUAGUGCUCAGCUGGUGACUCGUCUGGUGCAGCAGGUGUCGGGGAAUCAGAUGGUCAAUGUCAGUAACCUACUGGCUGCCCAGCGGGUCCAGGGGCCGCGCGGGAAUGUACCCACCACUCUCAAGAUACAGGGAGGUAAUCUGCUGCAGCCCGUGGGUGGGGGUAAGCCCUUACAGCUGGCUGGAAAGCCUCUGGCCCAGGCCCGGGGGCAGCUGGUACAGAUCACAGGUAAAGGAGGGCAGCAGCUGAUACAGACCCCUCAAGGUGCCUUACCCAUCAGUAUCAUCCCCCAGGGAGGGGGAGCUGCAGGGGUCAUGACCCUUAGUCAGUCAAGGACACCACCAGUACCCUCAGAGCCGCGGGCGGCUGGCAGUCCUACUGUACAAACAAUCACUCGUACCUCUCAGGGAAAUCCUGCGUCCACCACAUCUCAACCCAAGGUUGUCACCCCCUCCCAGGGGGGCAUUGUGGUGACACAACUACCCCCAGGCCUGACCAUAAGGCCAGGUAACCUCCCCGUCUCCAAUCAGGGUAAGGUGGUGCCUGGGGGUCAGACCGGCGGACAAGCUGGGCUUCUGUCACAAAUCAUUAUGCAAUCCUCUGGCGUCCUGACUGGAACCAACACCACACAUGCACAGAGCAUUGCUGGUGGUGUACCAUUGUUGGUAAGUGGUGGAGGAGGAAAACCAGGACAAAAUAUACAAGUGGUGCGUACCGUGUUAGGUCAACAGGCCAACCUAAAACCGGGGCAAGCCACAAUUCUCAUAUCCCAACCCACUCUACAAUCAAACGCUAAUGUGAUUCAUACAGGACAAUUGCUGCAGAGCUCUGCCAAAGCCAAGGCAGUCCCAGGGAAAACACCACCUGUUUAUGCAAGAAUAAUAACACCUCCCCCAGGGCAGAAGUCUGCCCCGGGGGCCAACUCUCCCCAGCCUCAGGCAGCUGUGAGUGUAUUACAGACUGUCAAUAAACUGAUCUCUGUGGCUAAUGCAGCAGCAGCACCUGUCUCCCCCCUCUCCUCUCCCGUGGCCAAGGCGAAAACAGACACAACUCAAACCAUCACCAUAGAAACGCCCUCCGAUGGAAACUCAUGACACCCCAUCUCGAGAGAUCUGUGAAUAUCAUAUACAGUUAACAUUUCAUCCACUUCUUAUAUGCAACCAUUCAAUGCAAUACAGAAUAUGGUGAAAAAAAAAGUGGAGUGAUAAAAAUAGUAGAGGCUAAGAGGAAUUGAUCCAUCGUACAAUUGAUGGAGACUAUGUGAAAUCGAUCGGGGAGAACAUAUCUUGAUUGUAUUAUCAUACUUGUUUGGCCCCAACCCUGAUUUAACAGCUUGAUUAAAAUUUAAAUAUUAUUGUCAACCGUUUUUGAUCAGCUCAUCUGAAGGUAUCUGUAUCUUUAAGAGAGGGCCCCUCAAACUCUCACAAAAAAGACAUAGAUCUAUUUCAUCAGUAUAUCCUCACUCACAGUAUUCAUUAUUACUUAAUUAAGGUGUCCCUUAAAAGAAUGUUCUCUUUAAUUCCUAGAUAAUUCCCUUUGUAUCCUAAUUCAACUUCUGUAACUUGUUUAACAUUGAUUUGAUGGUUGUGUGAAGUAUUAGGAGAGAACAUACUAUAUCCACUGGCUGUCCCAGAGGGGAGGAUCCAAUAUUGUGAUAUUGUGUAAGGAGAGAUAAUUAUUUUUGAAUAUUUAUUAUUAAAGUAUACUUUUAUAGAUAUAAGAAUGAAUUGCCUUUUCUCCUCGUUAUAUAUUUGGUUGUCAAAGUUUACUUGUAGAUGCAAUAAAGGUUCAGAAUGGACACAUUUUUAUCCGGAACACUUAUUUGUACAUACAUAUGUGUAAUUAAUGAGAAACUGUGACACUUUAUUGUUAAGUUUGGAUAAAAGAAUCUCUUUAGAUGAACAAUGUAAAAUUAAAAUCUUAAAAUUGUG